GAGGAGGAGGAGGAGGAGGAGGGGUUGGAGGAGGAAGAGGUGCUGUAAACCGGGAUAAAGUCAGGGAGAAAAACUCCAAAGUCUCAAACCUCAUCAGCCGCUUUGAGGAGAACAGCAACACAGAGAGCAAGAGAGACGGCUCGCCACUCAAACAGAUCAGCAAGUCGAACAACUGCAGCCCAGCUCACCGUGCCCUCCAGAAGCAGGCCGAGACCGACGGGAUUCAGGAGAACCACUCUCCCAUACCGGCCCCGCCGCAGAAUGCCCCCAAAGCGCCACCUAACGGGGUGGUAGCACAGAUGGAGCCGGACAAGGAGAAGGAGGACAAACCGGAGAGGAACAAUGAAAGUGUGAUGAUAGAGACUGCUGGGCUGGUAAAUGGAGAUAUGGGGGACGGAAGCACAGAACAGAGUGAUGAUCAAUCACCUGCACACACAGACAGGACUGAUACAGAAAGCCAUACUGAGAAUGAGGGCAAUGAAACUCAAACAGAAAGUGAGCACAGAAACCACGAAGGGAGCGCAGACCAUAAGGAGACAAAUGAACAGAAGCUGUUUAAGAUUGCAAGCGAGCUCUUGCAUACAGAGAAGGCCUAUGUGGCUCGACUUAACCUGCUGGACCAGGUCUUCUGUGCUAAGCUAAUGGAGGAAGCAAAUAAAGGGACAUUCCCUGUGGAUGUGGUGAAGAACAUCUUCUCCAACAUCUCCUCCAUCCAUGCCUUUCACAGCCAGUUUCUGCUUCCAGAUCUGGAGAAACGCAUGGGAGAAUGGGCGUCCACACCUCGUAUUGGAGACAUCCUGCAGAAACUCACACCCUUCCUCAAGAUGUAUGCAGAGUACGUGAAGAAUUUCGACAAAGCCAUGGAGCUGCUGAAACAGUGGACCGAUCGUUCUCCUCAAUUCAAGGCCAUCAUUCAGGAGAUACAGAGUCAAGAGGUGUGUGGCUUCCUGACGCUGCAGCAUCACAUGUUGGAGCCCGUGCAGAGAGUCCCUCGCUACGAGAUGCUGCUCAAAGACUAUCUGAAGAAGCUGCCUCAGGACGACUCUGACCGACGAGAUGCAGAAAAAUCAUUAGAAAUCAUCGCCACAGCUGCUACUCACUCCAAUAGCGCCAUACGAAAAUCUGAUAAUCUGAAGAAGCUGAUGGAGAUAUACGAGAUGUUGGGCGAGGAGGAGGACAUUGUCAACCCCUCUAAUGAGUUCAUCAAAGAGGGCCACAUCUUGAAGCUGGCGGCCAGGAACACCUCGGCCAUGGAGCGAUACCUCUUCCUGUUCAACAACAUGCUGUUGUACUGCGUGCCCAAAUUCAGCCUGGGAGGGGCGAAGUACACAGUAAGGACGCGGAUUGGCAUCGACGGCAUGAAGGUCCUGGAAACGACCAACGAGGAUUACCCUCAUACCUUCCAGGUGUCUGGGAAGGAGAGGACAUUGGAGCUACAGGCCAGCUCAGAGCAGGACAAGGCAGACUGGAUUAAGGCUUUCCGGGCAACCAUUGAGAUCUUCCAGCAAAAAAAUGAGUCAUUCAAGAACGCGUUGAGAGAUGUGGAGGAAGUGUCAAACGCAGAGCUGGGGAAGCGUGCCCCUCGCUGGAUCCGCGACAAUGAAGUGACAAUGUGCAUGAAGUGUAAAGAGCCGUUCAACGCUCUGACACGGCGGAGACACCACUGCAGAGCCUGCGGCUACGUGGUGUGCUGGAAGUGUUCAGACAAUAAGGUGCAGCUCGAAUAUGACAGUAACAAGAUGAACAAAGUCUGCAAAGACUGCUACUCCAUCCUGACCGGAGAAGCAUUAGCCGAGGGCAAGAAGAAGGGCAUCCUGGAGAUCGAGGCAGCUCAGUUCACAGGCAGCAGCAUCAUGUGUGGCUUCCUGCAGUACUGUGAGAAGAACAAACCUUGGCAGAAGGUGUGGUGCGUCAUCCCGCAGAAGGAGUGUCUGGUGCUCUAUCUCUACGGAGCUCCGCAGGACGUGAAGGCCCAGUGUACUAUCCCGCUCCUGGGCUAUAAUGUGGAUGACAGCGCCCGGCCCACAGACCUUCCGGCCAGCUUCCGCCUCUCUCAGUCCAAGUCCAUCCACAGCUUUGCAGCCGAGAACGAGGAGCUCAAGCAGCGCUGGCUGAAGGUGAUUCGAGUGGCAGUGACGGGGGAGGUGCCGGAAUGCCCUCAGACCAACGGCAGCAGUGCCAACAUGAUGGACAACAACGCACAAGAAGCGGGUACUGAUAGCACAUAAGUGUGCAAGCAAACUACCGUUGGAUUGAUCAAGGAAGACAAUACGUGCAGGUUGUGAUGCACACAUAUAAUACAAAUGCACACUCUCCAUGCUGUCCUUAAAUCUGAAUCUUAAAGACAAAGUGGAAAAAAAAUCAGUGCUGGAUAAGCUGCCUUCUCUUGCCACUCUCCUUUUUCCCACUUUCUUCAUGGAUUUUCUCAUAAACCUGCAAAAAGUAUUUCUUAUUCACUGCUAGAGCUGUGCUGGAUUACUAAAGGACACGUCUGGUACAAUCAACACUAGAGCAACGGGGCCUCAGGAUUGAUCGACUUCCCUCAAACAGGCACUAUUAAAGACAGCUCAAACAAAGAUGUCAACUCCUCUUGAGCCAGUGGACAACCACAGACUUACACAGCGCCCUGUACAGGAUGUGAAUCAAAGCAAAAGGAUGGUCCAAACUAAGUCUGCUGGUGCUGUAAUUCAACUCUGUGUACCUGUGUAGUAUAAAUGUUUUGUUUUUUUCUUUUCAAAAAGGAACAAUUAUGUUUUUCGUGUACAGAAAUCAGUUCGAGAAAUUGGUUUUGAUAACAUAGAUACGACAUCUGUAUGAUAAAAAAUAUUUACAGUAUUCCCGCUUUUCUUUGCUUGAGAAGAUGGUUUCAAAAGUGGGAAAAUGAUGAUGUGUUUGGAUAAUAAUGGUCUCAUCUCUGUCUCUUAUCGCUCAAUGAAAAUUCAUCAGCAGUCUAAUCAAACUCUGGAUGCACGUGGGCUGAUCUGCUUUGCUGUAGUGUGUUUUCUAUGAUAUGGAUAAACUCUUCUGCCAGUGUGUCACAAUGGCAAUACAUACUGUGAGUUAAGAAACCAUUUAUAGAUCAAAUAACCAAAUGUGAAUGUUUUUGGCUCACCCAGUGUAAGAAACGAAUCAGGGUGCUUCAUCAUAUUGAUGCAAACAUCUUGUGAAUGCAUUACUACAAUAAAUCAUUGCUCAUUGAUUUUCAGCAUUGCCUACAAUGACAGCCAGAGCUAUUUCAGAAGGUUUUGGAGAAUUGCAAGAGACAGACCUUUUUAAAACAGUCAAAAAUGGAGCAGCAGAGGCCGAGAUAUCCACAAGUGUAAGCCAUGCUUUAAAAACACUGAAUCCUACAAAUCCCAUUUUGUAACACAAUAGUGACUUAGACCUUCCCUGCCCGUUAAACCCCCAGGAUUUCUGUCGUGUAUUUGAAGUCUCAAACCAAGCUCUCAUGACAUCACUAUGACGUGAUCAGGGUUAUUUUCCCCGAUUUUAGAAAGCUCCCUGCAGAGUCUCCGAUGACAUUACAUUACACAACUGUUGUGUGCCCCUUUUAAAGGUAUAGCUACCUUGGUAGAAACAAUAUGAAUUCACAAAUCUCUAUAAUCUCACAAUAUGUAUUGUCAUACAUCACACGUUUGCAUUAAAAACAGGAUGAAUGAUAAGUGGAUCUUAGAGAUAAGCGGGGAUCAUUGUCUUCGUGUGGCAGAGUUUUCUAUUUAGAUGCAAAUGCAGCACAAUCAGAUAUAACAAAGCUGGGGCGAGAUAUGUAAAUGUGUUUUUAAUGCUGUAAUUAAUUUUAUUAUUUAAAGUAAUUUAUAGAGUAUGAUAAGCAUGAUCUGUUAAAGUAGCACACAGUCGUUCCCUCACGACUUCGACUUCAGGAGUGCAGUAGGUAGACUUUUUCCCCCGGGAGCAGAUGUUUUUCCACUAACUCGUCGGACGCGUCGCCUUGAUUCUUCAGUGUGACAGCGACCGGUCACAGUGCUGGACGGACUGUGUUCCAAGUCCCUUUCCCCCCCUCUCCGUGCUCAAUGCUGGUGCUCACCUGAGUCUCACCCCCUCCCUGAACUCCUCAGUAUUCAAAUAAAAAACAAGAGCACAAAAGUUCCCUGUCUGUAAGAUCUGAAUGUAUAUCCAGAUUUUUUUAUGUGUCCUCUCAUCCCUUCCCCCAAAGGUUUGAGAAUCUACGCACUUUACAAUCUUAUAAAGUGUACCUUCUAAGAAAAUAAAAACAGAUUCAAUACGA